ACCUUUAAACGAUGUUUACAAACGAUGGUUUACUUCCGGUUUUCGUGCAGUUAUGUCAAAAACGUCAUGAUUAUCAUAUUGCAAGCUUGUCAAAAGUUAUCAAAUAGUGUAAAACUUUAAUAAAGUGAAAGUGCUGAUAGGCUAAGCCUAACGUUUUUGUAAUCCAUGGAUGUUAUGGUGAAAAUACCAAGAGCAUUGGUCCUUCACUGCUUCUUCUUCUGGGCUUUUGUAGUAAGCAGAUUGGCUCAGGGUGUCCACUACUGCUCGCCAACUCCAGGGAAUGUCAUCACUAUCAGCGGUGAAUCCUCUGGAGAGAUCAAAACGCUGCUAAAUGGCGAGAGUAGCUAUGGGGAUAACAGAGAUUGCGUGUGGGUCAUCGAUGCUGGAGCAAACAAGAGGAUCUGGAUUGAGAUUGUAACAUCGAAGUUGCAGUGGGCACCUUCGGGAGCAAUAUGUGAGGGUUAUGACUAUAUGAGGAUUAGAAAUGGAUCUUCAUCAGCUGCCACUGAGAUCAUCUCGUGGUGUGGAACCCAUAAACCACAGAGUCUUCUCAGUACCGGGCGGUACCUGUUCCUGCAGUUCAAGACAAAUGCCCAGAAUGUGUAUAAAUAUGCUGGAGUUCAUUUGCGUUUUGGAACAUAUGAUCGUUUGUCGUGCCCACCAAUCUCCAGCCAAUGGUCCAAUGGAAAUACAUCACUGUGCAUCACAGUUUUCCAGGAGAAUAUCACAUGGAAAUCUGCCCAGCAACAUUGUGGAUGGAUGCAGUCGAAUCUCAUAAAAAUGUACUCUGCGGACAUGGCAGUAUUUGUUGCAGAUCAAAUCUCACAGAACACAAGUCAGUCAUCCUAUUGGAUAGGCCUCCACGAUAUUGCAAAAGAAAACGUAUUUCUGUGGAUUGAUGGGACUAAGCCGACAUUCGACAGGUUGAGCAGCAACACAGGGGUUGAUAGAGACGACUGUGUAUCUGUUAGUACAUUAACCAACGUUUGGUUGGAGAGCAAUUGUGAUGAGGAGAAACCAGCGUAUGCCUGUAGUAUGAUAGCUGGUGGUCCGUUUCCUAUUUACAAUAUUCCAAAGGUGGGGGAAUAUCCAGUGGAGCCCUUAGAAAAAGCAUCACCUUUGGUUAUUGGCCUCAUAUCCGCUGGUGUGGUGAUCUUCAUUCUGGUCAUUGUUGUGAUCGUCGCCGUUGUGCACUGCAAAGUUAUCAAGAAAGGCCGACGGCAAGGGGAUAAAAGAACGGAAGAAAUAAACGUGGAAAUGGACAAUGCAGCACAAUCAUUGAGAUUGGAAAAUGUCGAGACAGCGAAUGACAGUGUUAAUGCACAGUCCCCGGCUAUGCAAUCACCUGGGGCCGCUUCAAAUUCAAAUGCACAAGGCCCCACAGCGUCACCUCCCGCUUAUGUACCAAAUCCAAGGCCAUCCAAUCAGCACAUUGCACCACCUGGGUACGACGAGGCAAUGGGCCAUCCAGUAUUUGAAUAUUCUCCCAGUAAUAUAUAACAAAAAAUUCGCCUGGCCGUGUUUUGCAUUCCAACUUUGUGUGGUUCAAUCACAUUUCAUUUCAGGUCUUACUUAAAUUACAAGAUGGCAAUGGGAAUUUAUUGUAUUUGAAUCCUAUAUCAUGUUAAAGCCCCAAUCUAUUGAGUACUGAAGUUGACAGUUCCACUGUGUUGCCUAGUCAAUCUCUAAAUAAGGAGAAGCACCCAACGGCUGAAAAAGCCCCUGAAUGCGCCGCUAAAUAAUUGAGUUGUCCUGUGUGUCACCGUGAUGACAAAUUUCUUCAAUUCUACUUAAACUUGCAUGUGGUAAAUGAAUUUUUCAUGUUUUGUACAAUUUUUAAUGAGGAUAAUUUGCAUUUUUAUAAAUGUCUUUAAACACUAUAUUUUUGCACGUCUCAAUCUCAGUGAUCUUGUAAAUUUCAACACACAUAUGUGCCGAAUGGUUUGUUUUCUAUUAAGUGAAGUAGGUUGUACAGGUAUGUUAUAUGUAUUAUCUACAUUGAUUUUCCAAACUUGUAUUUGGGUAGGGUUUUUUAACUAGAAAAUGACAUCAUUUGAAAAAUAAUUUACAAUACUGGCUAGGCCUGAUGCGGCUUCUGUGAUCAGUACAGCAAUACUAAGACAGAAUUCUAUUUCUCCAUUGGCACUGGUAAUGACUUGUGUAUCCAAACUUCUUCCCAAAACUUAUGACAAGUCAGAUACAGAAAAACAAUUUGGUUGGUUUGUUUGACUUGCUCUGACCGGCCUCCCCAUGGUCUCCUACCAAAGACAAGUUGUGUCAAAUUAACGAUUUUAGGGUUUUUUUUACUUUUCCUCAGUUUCAUAGCUAUGAUGAAAAUAUCUCUGUCACAGCGCAGCUCACUGUAGGUUGCAUUUUUCUACAAGUGAGUGCUGAAAAAAGAAAAAGUUCAGACUUUUUGCCUUUGCUCAUAUUUUAUGAUAAAGUGCAUGAAAUUGUUCGCUAUAGAUAUGCUUUUAAUAGUUUUCUAACUUAUUUUGUAGAAUUAGUCAUAAUCGUGUAAAUUCUACGCCUUGACAGCGAUGGACUAGCCAAAGUUUGCAAAGCUGUUGAAACUUAGAAUUCAUCAAUGAGUGUCAUUGUGUUCACAUUCAAAUACCGGUUGUCAAAUUUAGUUUACAAGGUUUUUUAACUUUUAAAAAAUGCUUAGUCUGCACACUAAAGUAAUUGGCUACAAUAUAUGUCAGACAGUCAUUAAAUCUUUCCUAAAUCUAUACUUGGAAUAAUAUGUGUUAUUUCCUAGUCCUAAUGUUUUAGUUGUGAAAUGUGUCCAUUCUUCAAAUAAAGCUAAUUAUAUUUUUUUCUAAAAAA